GCCAUUGGCAAGAUGUCCCGAAAACUUGGCGCGUUGUUUUCACCUGGGGAAGCAUCGCGGUCGUACACAUUCUCCUGACGGAUCUGCAAUUGUCCCUCAGCGGCGGCGUCAACUCCCCUCACGCCCAUUUUUCGUCAGCAGCCGAGAUUGUCCGGGCGUGCGACCGCGGCCUCCUCAUGGGUGCUCCAGUUGAUGACAAUCCCCUCCAUGAGGUGGCUUCCCUCUUCAACUUCCACGCCCGACUGUCUGCCGAUGCGUCGAUGGCCGAUCUCCCUCUGGAGGGCCUCCCCGUCACCCAGCAAGACGAGGCCACGGUCCACGUCCCUCUUCCUUCCGAGCACUGUCCUCCUCUGGAUCGUUUCCUCCUCAACUACAUGAACAAAGUGGUCCCUGUCAAACUCCUGGGCAUUGUGGACCACUGGCCAGCCCUCAAGAAGUGGCGGAUACCCUACCUAAGAGAAUUAGCGGGCGCCCGCACAGUCCCAGUGGAGGUGGGUGCCCGCUACACCGACUCCACGUGGUCGCAGACGCUCCUUUGCCUUGACGACUACCUGACUCGCUUCGUGUGCCAGCCCGCCGCUGGUGCGCCCACAGGUUACCUGGCGCAGCAUCAACUGUUGGACCAAAUACCAGAGCUCCGCGACGACCUCCUGGUGCCAGACUACUGCCACCUGGGGGAGGAGGAGCCGCGCCUCCACGCAUGGCUAGGGCCUCGAGGCACCGUGAGUCCCUUGCAUCACGACCCGGACCACAACAUCCUUGUCCAGGUAUUAGGAUACAAGUACAUCCGCCUGUACGCAGAGGACCAGAGCCUUCUUCUGUAUCCCCAUCCAGACCCCCUGCUGAGCAACACGUCGCAAGCAGAGAUCGAAGGCCCACAGGCGGACUGGCCGCUCCUCCAGCAGGCACAAUACCAUGACUUGAUCCUGGCACCCGGGGAGUCACUCUACAUCCCUCCCCGUUACUGGCACUAUGUCAGAUCUCUUUCGACCUCCUUCUCAGUCUCCUUCUGGUGGCGAUGAAGGCCAGCUCACCCUCAAGGCUAAGAUCUGUCUGGCCAGGGACUGGUGGCGCCGGUGCUCAGCCACGUUUUGGAGUCAAGAGUUCUGGCUGCCGGCCGGCCUCACCUGGGACGACAUCCACACCUCCAUGUACGACAUCCUCUUCAUCCCGCUGCUCAUCGGACUCUUCUUC